AUGGGCCAACAAAUUUCGUCUGCUAUUGACAGUAUCCAAAACGACACCGAGAAGCAGCAGUUGGCCAAUGAUGCCUUAAACCAGAUGCAGGAGCUGGGACACCAGCAGGUUAAUUCGUUUAUGAAUGAUGUUACGAACAACGCAGUCAACGCCAAGCUGAUUCCUGUUGGCCAGAUCCUCCACCAGGAGUCUAUUGUUCGGUGCAGCAUCUCGACCAAGCCGUCGGACAUUGGCCAGGAGAUUACCAAGUCGUUUGGCCUCUUUGUCAAGGGAGAUCUGGCUAAUGCCAUUGGCACUGUUGUCAAGGACGGCUUAGACGCGCUUAUCGGUUCAUACGAAGGCAACCGGUCAGAAAGGACCAGCUAG